UAAUGUGAGACAUGCAAGAAAAGCAUCAGUAAUGUAAGUCAACAAACAUAACUUUGACAAUGAAAAAUGAGUGGGAAGGAGGAGUCAUUAAGCAUUUCUCCCACGUCCGCUCCCUGUCCGAAUGUCAUAACAUGUGUGUUUUGCUUUGUGCCCUCCGAUGCCUGGAGAGGAAACCCAUCCCCAUGAGGGGGGUGUUCUCCACCCAGGCCCCCGUCUUCUGCCCUGUCAUUGGUCACCAUGAAAACCUGCAUCGGUUUAAAACCAGACAACAUUUUCUUCCCUCCCUUCACACAGCACAACCCCUAAAAAGACAUUUAGGGAAGGACAGACAGGCAGGGAGUGUGUGUGCGUGUGUGUCAGACUGUGAGAGAUAACCAGAGUUGGUCUCAGGAUGCCUGCGUACGCCACCAACAUGAGGCUGAAGUUCCCUAUUGUGGCCUUGACUUUGGAGAUUAUCACCAUCAUCCUGUAUGCUGUAUUUGCGGUCUAUGAUGACGGGAAAGAUCAUGGACAUGACACACACUCCAAUAAGACCGAACAUGAUGCGGGACCUAUGACUCUCUACCCCAUGUUUCAGGAUGUCCACGUCAUGAUCUUCAUUGGCUUUGGGUUCCUGAUGACAUUCCUGAAGAGAUACGGGUUCAGCAGCGUGGGCGUCAACCUACUCCUGGCUGCCUUUGGCCUGCAGUGGGGCCUCCUCAUGCAGGGCGUCUGGCACCUGCAAGAUGGCAAGAUCAAAAUCAGCAUCUUUAAAAUGAUCAAUGCAGACUUCAGCACAGCUACAGUCCUGAUCUCCUUCGGAGCUGUUCUGGGUAAAACCAGUCCAGUGCAGCUCCUCAUCAUGACAAUACUUGAGAUCUCCAUCUUUUCCAUCAAUGAACAUUUGGUGGCUGAAAUCCUUGGCGCUAAUGAUGUUGGAGCCUCUAUGAUCAUCCAUGCUUACGGAGCCUACUUUGGCCUGGCAGUGGCUCGAGUACUUUACCGACCAGGGUUAAGAAACGGACAUGAGAAUGAGGGAUCCGUUUAUCACUCUGACCUGUUCGCUAUGAUUGGAACUGUCUUCCUGUGGAUGUUCUGGCCCAGUUUUAACUCGGCCAUCGCUGAAGGGGUCGACAGUCAGCUCACGGCAGUUAUCAACACCUAUCUCUCCCUGGCUUCCUGCGUGCUCUCUGCCUACGCCAUCUCCAGCCUCGUGGAGCACAAAGGAAAACUGGACAUGGUGCACAUUCAGAACGCCACCUUGGCUGGUGGUGUCGCAGUGGGAACAUGUGCUGAUAUGAACAUCGGACCAUUUGGGGCAAUGCUGAUUGGAUUGGUGGCUGGUGUCAUCUCUACCCUGGGCUUUAAGUACUUGACUCCCAUCCUGGCGUCCAGCCUGGGCAUCCAGGACACCUGCGGAGUCCACAAUCUGCACGGCAUGCCUGGCAUCCUGGGCGGGUUGGCUGGUAUUGUGGCUGUGGCUUUGGGGAAAAAGGAAGGAGGUAAUCCUGCAAUGCAAGCUGCUGCCUUGGCUUCUUCCCUCGGGUUCGCUUUGGUUGGAGGUGUUAUUACAGGUUUUAUAAUGAAGUUGCCAUUCUGGGGACAACCUCCAGACCAGAACUGCUUCGAUGACUCUAUUUACUGGGAGGUCCCAGAGGAGGAGGAGGAGAAUGAGGAGAGCUUGGCUCACGCCGAUCACUCAAAGAACAAAGCAGAGGCUUAAAGAUUCCCGCAGUUCACUGAGCUGGAAAUGAAGACGUAAAGGAUCAAUAAUCAGCUAUAUCAUGUACGCACAUAUCAAUUUGUCAUGAGUCAUCAAUUUUUAAAAAAAGGAGACACGAUUUGAAACUGUUAGCUGAGCCAACAUGUCAACAUGUGAUGCAUUUUUAAUAGCAGUGCAGUUUAAAUUUGUGAUUAGGAAGGUUAGUGAGAGGAUUAUACAAUACAGUAAUUUUAUUCAAACAACUCUAAAUGUUAAGGUUUGAUUAAUCCCAUUUACCCAAAGAAAAAGAAGUUUAAUAUUUUGUAAGGAGAUCAGCGACCUUCAGGGAUUUUUUUUUUUUUUUACACUUAAAAUUUAUGAUUGAUAAUUGCGGUCAUGAGUUGCAGUGGCCUACAUCAUACCUUCCCUCCUCCAACACAUCUACUUCAAUAAGCUUUUUCCCUUUAUUUCUUUUUUAUAUUAUAAAAAGCAUAAAAGCAUGUUUUAAGAUAUUAGAGUAGCGUGUAUUUUCUUUUUGUCAUACAUUCUUUUACACUUGCAUAUAUAUUUUUUCUAAGGCUUUGGUCAAAGUUAGGAGUCAAACCUGCUUUGAUCUGCUGCUUUAAAUGUCACCUCACUGGAGCCCAGUCCUCCUACCAGGAGUCAGAGUCAGACUGUGUGAAACCAGCAGCGAGGCUCUGAUAUGGGCAGGGAUGGUCACACGAUAUGUUGUAACUAAUAACUUAUCUUCGGCUGCUUACAGUCACUUUUCUGUCUGUCUGAGGGCAGCUGAUGCAAUAGGAAUCGCGCUCAGAGCCGUGCACUUAGCAUCCGACUGGCUGUCUCAUGGCAAGCAGAAGUUUUGUUUUUCUUUUUGUCUGUUUCACAUCCAGCGUAUUCUUAAAUGUACAUACAGAUUAGCUUUUAGAUGGAUUGACAUGGUGAGUUUAUACAAGGCCCUGCAGGGUUCAAAAAGAGCAACUGGUACUGAAUAUUUUUCAGAUAUCUUUAAAAGAACUCAACAGAAACUUACAGUUUUUUUUAAAAAAAAAUGAGAAAUGUCAGCGUUUGUAUGAGGUGGUGCAAAUGUGACAGUUUUCACCGUUGUUAGCCUCCUUUGCGACUUUUUUCUCUGUAGGUGAGUUUCUGCUGGAUUUCUUUUCUAUUCUGAAUGUUGAACCGACACACCUGCAACAAGCUCUCCGCUGUACAUCAUGGGAUUAGAGAGCGGCCAUUUCUUGCUUCUGUCUCAAACACAGGACUGCAGGGCUGGAUUAAACUGACUACACUCACAAUAGCUUUAAUCAAUGAUGUGUUGGUUUGUCAAAUGAUGCCCAGAACACUGAAACACAUCCAGAUUUUUGUAUUUUUAUACAGUGUGGGCAUGUGCUCGUGUUUGUAUAAUAUACUAAUACUGUCAUAAUAAAUAUGUUUUUGUACAAUA